AUGUCCAGAUGGUUCUGGUUGUUGUCCUACGGGCUCGACUUGUUUAGCUGGCGGAAAAUGCAACAUACCCUGCACCAGUCAAGAUAUACCUUGCGUGGUUCCGGUGGAAGUGGUUCCGGUGGAAGUGGAGGCUUUGGCGGUGGUUCUAGUGGCGGUAGCAGUUCUGGCAGCGGUUCUGGUGUUAUCGAAGCAAGUCGUAUUACAGGAAAUGAAGUUCUUCUAACAGGCGAUACAGUAACCAUCCUGAAUGCUCUAUUGGUUGGAUCUCCUAUUGCUUUAGGAACAAGCCAACAGAAAUUUCGGUCAGAUCGAUUUAAACUCAAGGGCAGGGAUGACUUGCAAAUAACAGAACGAAAUUCUUCAGUCAAACGAUGUUCUAUUGAAAUGAAAUCUCUUAAUAGUUUGGAUGCUGGAAGCUGGCGUAAAAGAAUGCCGCAAAUUUUGGGACCACUUGAUGAUCUAGGGGAAAAAUCUGAGGGUGAACUCAGUAUUUAUAAAACUGGACCUUAUAAUUCUCGCGAUCUGUUAUUGUUGAGAGUCCUCCGACAUGUUUUUAACCAUAUUAUAUCAACACCUACUACAUUGUCUGCUAGUGGAGAAAAUCAGGACAAUAUUGAUGACAGGUCAGAACGAGAUGAGGAUUUAAGUGAUACUAAUUAUAGUGAAAACGCAGAAUGUGAGGAACACACUAUUAACAACAAGUUACACCGUCUUCCAGAUCAUUCAUUAUGGAUCGAUAAAAUAAUAGGGUGGAUAGAUCAGCAAACAGCCUAA